AUGGUUAAAGCUUUGAAAAAUUACAUUGUUGAAACAAAACAAAAAAGUGGUUCUAGUAACAAAUUAUGUUACUGCAAAGCUUGCUUUAUUAAACUUGGUGAAAACAGCAAUGAAUUAAAAACAAUAGUAGAUAAAACUGAACGUAUAAUUCAACAUUUUAAUGAUUGUCAAAAUUUUCAUGUUGUGUAUAGCCAAGAAGAAAAACUUAAAAUACUAGCUCUUGGAUCAAAUUCUACUUCGUCUCAAUCAUCUAAUUAUGGUCCUUUAGAUAAUUUUGUUGCCAGACCUUUAUCUAAAGCAGAUAAUGAAGUUUUUCAUAAACUUAUAUUAAAAGCCACUAUUUCUUGUGGUUUUCCAUUAUCUUGGGUGAAUAAUCAAGAAACAACAGAAUUAUUUAAAUUUCUCAACCCACAUAUCAAACUACCAGAUAGAAAAACCCUUUCCACUAAACUAUUGAAUGAUGCAGUUAAAGAAUAUGAUAAUGUCAUGUUAGAAAAAUUAAGAUUAGAUCAAAUAGGUGUCACACUUAUGUUUGAUGGAUGGACGAAUGUUAGGCAACAAGAAUUAAUGGGAUGUGUUCUUUUGAUGUCAGAUGGAGAACCAUGUGUAUGGCAAGCUAUGGAUAUCAGUAGUGAACAUGAUACAAUGUUUGAAGUUAUGACUAAAACUGAAGAAUUAAUUUCCAAAUUAAUAGAUAUGAAAAUAACAUUGUUAUCAAUAGUAACUGAUAGUGCACCUUCCUAUAAUGCAUCAAGGCAAUUCAAAAAUACAUCAGGCAAUGCCUUAAAAGUGUCAGCCUAUUUUAAAGAUGCUAGACAUAAAUAUUUCAUUGGCCAACUUCGUGAUAUUCAAAAAGAACUUUAUAGCAAAUAUAUUCAACUUGCACUUCCAUGUAAUACCAGGUGGAACAGUCAACAUAAUUGCUUUAAAAGUUUAAUUGCUACUAAAAAUGCUUUACGUUCUUUGGCAAUAAAAUUUGAUCCUUCUUCAUCAACGAAUACAUUGAAAAUUUCACAUGAAAUGUAUUGUAUUAUAAUGAAUGAAUCUUUUUGGGACGAACUUUUAAAAUUGGAUCAAAUUUUGAUUCCUUAUUGCAAUAUUUUGAAUAAACUACAAAGUGACAAGGCAAGAUUAUAUGAAGUUUUACAUUGUUAUGCAUAUUUGUAUCAAUUUUGGAAAAGUUAUUCUGAUGAACUCUUGGCCAGUAGAAUAUUAUCAAGAUUGGAAAAUAGAUGGAGUUUAUGGGAACAACCUCUUCUCAUUCUUUCUUGGCUUCUUCAUCCUGUUUACAAAUCAAACUAUUUCACUUCUGCUUCUAUAUCAAAAAUAAAAAUUGGAAUUGUUGCAGCACGUAUUUUUGGUAUUUGUAUUAAUGCAGCUUCAUUCACUAGAGUCUUAGAAAUGGCAAAAUUGAAGGCUGGCAUUACAUAUAAUCGACUUCUUCAACAAGAACUUUCUUUAUCAAAUAAAGAAAUAAAUUUAGAAGAACAGAAUAGCAUUGAAAGAGAAAUGAUAUUGGAAGCCGAAUCUUCAAAUGUAAAUACUAACUUAAAUGAAGAAAGUUAUUUGGGUGAACAAAAUGAUGAACAGGAUAAUAAUAGUUUAGAAGCAGAUGUAAUUGCACAGUUUAAUAAUAAUUUGGAUGUUCAAAGUAUUGAUCAUCCAGCAACAAGCUCCGAUGGGAAAUGGAAAUUGGAAGUUAUAUUAAAAAACGAUAUACAUUGUCCUUUUUAA